GCGGUUAGGUCAGUGUCGGGAGAUUAAGUGUGACUUCGGUUAAGAGGAAGAAAUAGAGGAAAAAUUAGAGAUCCCUGUGUUUAACGCUCCCACGCUCGCUCUCUCUCUCUCUCACUCUUUCUGGUCCCUCUCGAUUUGAAUGCUCCCAGUCCUCCCCGUCCCUCUCGAAAUAUCUAUGGUCCGUGCGUGUCGUUGUCAACGCCUGUCACAUGUACUACUUCAAGUCGGGCAUUGAGAAUUGUAGAAAAUUAGAGAAAUUCUGCGUGUGAUCGCUCGGCUGCCAUCGACGCUCUAGCCUCCAGGUCGAACCCGCGCCGGCGACUCGGUCAGCAUCAAUUGAAGGGAGUCUGUUCUGAGGGAGGCGACCCUUUUUCCAGACCGACUACGGAGCUCUUAGGGAGGAAACGCCAACAUGGUGGCGAUCGACAAGGAGAAGAUGAAGCAGGAGGGCCUCCAGCUCUUCGGGAAGCUCAUCCGGACCAAGGACCCCGCCCGGAUGCAAGGGGACGGACCCACCGACGACAGCACCAAGCUGAAGAAGGUGCUGACGACGUUGGACCUGACCUCCCUGGGCGUCGGUUCUUGCGUGGGAACCGGCAUGUACCUCGUGGCCGGUAUGGUGGCCAAGAAAGUGGCCGGGCCGGCGGUCAUGCUCUCCUUCACGAUAGCGGCGGUCGCCUCUAUCUUUUCCGGUGUAUGUUACGCAGAGUUCGGAGUACGGGUCCCAAACACGUCUGGCGGCGCUUACAUGUACAGUUAUGUGACGGUGGGCGAAUUCAUGGCUUUCAUCAUCGGCUGGAACAUGGUCCUUGAGGAGUUGAUAGGAACCUCGGCCUGCGCCUGCGCCCUGAGUGCCUGCUUCGACGCCAUUUGCAACGGGGCGAUAUCGGCCGGGAUAGAAAAGUCGUUCGGCCGCAUAUUAGGUCAGCCUCCGGACUUCCUGGCGUUUGUGUUCACCUGCAUGAUGGGCGGGGUUCUCAUCGCUGGAGUGAGGAAGUCGGUGCAGUUCAACAACAUACUUAACUUCGUGAACUUCCUGGUGUGGAUCUUCAUAGUGAUUGCAGGUCUGUGCUACGCCGACACCAGCAACUGGACGCAACACGGAGGCUUCAUGCCCUAUGGGUGGUCUGGGGUGCUGACGGGAGCAGCCACCUGCUUCUACGCCUUCAUCGGCUUCGACAUCAUAGCGACGACUGGUGAGGAGGCGGUCAACGCUCGCCGCUCCAUCCCUUACUCCAUCGUCAUCUCCCUCGUCAUCAUCCUCAUCGCUUACGUCAGCUCCUCGGCCAUCAUCACUCUCAUGGUUCCCUACAAAGAAAUAGACGAAGAAGCGGCCCUCGUGGAGGCCUUCGGACAGGUCGGAGCCUACAAGUCGAAGAACCUCGUCGCCAUGGGAGCUUUGGCAGGCCUCACCGUGUCCAUGUUCGGGUCGAUGUUCUCCCUGCCCAGGCUGGUUUAUGCCAUGGCAAAGGAUGGCCUCAUUUUCAAGAGUCUGGCCAACGUGUGGAUAGUGACAGGGACUCCUGCAGUGGCCACGGUGGUCUUCGGUCUCGGGGCUGCCAUGGCUGCUUUGUUGAUCUCCCUGGAGGUGCUCGUCGAGAUGAUGUCCAUAGGUACCUUACUGGCCUACACCCUGGUAUCCACCUGCGUCCUCAUCCUGCGAUACCAGCCCCACUCGACAACCCUGCUGGAGAUGUUGCCCGAGAGCAUACGAACGCCCCUUGGCGGCACGCCCGUGCCCGGAUCUCCAACCCGCGCCCUGUCUCACGCAGAACUGACUACUGGGUUAGCUGGACGGCCAGGAGCUACUUCCAUCUCUCCUCAGCAUCUGACGGCGGCGCUGCAGCAGAACGGUGGGGGGAGGAUCACGCCCUCAGGACUUCCGCUUGAUCAAAAAGUGACAGUCAAGCGCGUCAUGAGGUCGUCCCCCGAUUCGGACGACACGGCCAACACGGAGGAAGGGAGCGCAGAGUCCUCCAGGAGGGAGGAUGAUUACAUGGUCAGCGACAAGUGUGAAAACAAGUAUUAUGGAGCCGUCCCUACGUCCGCAGGCCAAGCCAAGUGGUACGACAGUUACGUUGAGACCGUUCAGAGGAUCUUCCCAUCUCUCUUCCCCUGGGUCGAAGAAGGACCAUGCACAGAGGAAACAGGAAGAAGAGUCAUGAAGCUUGUGGGUUUACUGUAUCUGAACAUCCUGAUCUUCGACAUCCUCUUAGCAUGUGAACUAAGUGAAUUGGAAGGCCAUUCACCACUCGUAUCCUUCUUCUGCAUCCUCUUCUUCCUCGGUAUCGUAGGCACGCUGCUUUUGAUUUCAAGGAAACCACAGAACAGGCGAUCCUUGCCAUUCCUCGCCCCAGGUCUACCCUGGGUCCCAGCCGUCGCCAUCGUCAUCAACGUUUAUCUCAUUUUCAAGCUGUCCAUCCUCACGCUCAUUAGAUUCGUCCUCUGGAUGACAAUUGGUUUCAUCAUCUACUUCUACUACGGCAUCAAAAAGAGCGUCGUGGCCACAGGAGACGACGGGGAAAUCGAGCUGCACAUCACCUCCGAUCCUUCUACCCAGCCCACGACCAACACUGUCAGUCCGCCCACCGCCCACAACCUAUCGCCCAUGAGUGCCCAGAACCCGGCACCACAGAUGGCGCCCCAGACCACGGAGCUCUUCACCCCUCCAAGUAACCCAUCCAAGGACCCGGAUGCUACCGGCCAAGUCUAUGUUUCACCUAAUCCGAACAACCCAUUCCGUUUGUCUUAA